UCAAGUGUAUGAGACGUUCUUCAUUACUCAGUAUGUUACAAGUUAAUCAGCACAUAGCAAGUAAUAUGUUACAAGUUCAUCAGCACAUAGAAAGUAAUACGUUACAAGCUAAUAAGCACAAAUCAAGUAAUACGUUACAAGCUAAUCAGCACAUAGCAAGUAAUACGUUACAAGCUAAUAAGCACAUAUCAAGUAAUAUGUUACAAGCUAAUCAGCACAUAGCAAAUAACAUGUUACAAGCUAAUCAGCACAUAGCAAGUAAUACGUUACAAGCUAAUAAGCACAAAUCAAGUAAUAUGUUACAAGCUAAUCAGCACAUAGCAAGUAAUACGUUACAAGCUAAUCAACACAUAGCAAGUAAUACGUUACAAGCUAAUAAGCACAAAUCAAGUAAUAUGUUACAAGCUAAUCAGCACAUAGCAAGUAAUACGUUACAAGCUAAUCAACACAUAUCAAGUAACAUGUUACAAGCUAAUAAGCACAUAUCAAGUAACAGGUUACAAGCUAAUAAGCACAUAGAAAGUAAUACGUUACAAGCUAAUCAGCACAUAGAAAGUAAUACGUUACAAGUUCAUCAGCACAUAGAAAGUAAUACGUUACAAGCUAAUCAGCACAUAGCAAGUAACAUGUUACAAGCUAAUCAGCACAUAGCAAGUAAUACGUUACAAGCUAAUCAACACAUAUCAAGUAAUACGUUACAAGCUAAUCAACACAUAUCAAGUAACAUGUUACAAGCUAAUAAGCACAUAGAAAGUAAUACGUUACAAGCUAAUCAACACAUAGCAAGUAAUACGUUACAAGCUAAUAAGCACAAAUCAAGUAAUAUGUUACAAGCUAAUCAGCACAUAGCAAGUAAUACGUUACAAGCUAAUCAACACAUAGCAAGUAAUAUGUUACAAGCUAAUAAGCACAUAUCAAGUAACAUGUUACAAGCUAAUCAGCACAUAGCAAGUAAUACGUUACAAGCUAAUCAGUACAAACCAAUUAAUAUGUUACAAACAGUCACCAUGCACCAAUUAGCACGUUACAAAUCAAUCACAACAUAA